AUGACAGAGGACAACUAUCGACCAAGAUCUCCCGACUUUUCUUCCUCUCCGAAUCCCCCACCUCACGCGCCAUUGAGCCCCGUUGCCCAUCGCGCUUCCUACGACGCUUCCCCGUUCUUCAACCCCGACCAGCGCCCUAGCUCCAGUCGCGUCCAACAAUACAUUCCACCAGACCAUCCUAGCUUUAGCUUUGCUGACGAGAUGGCCCGUCGCUCGUCACGUCUACAGCCAGAGGACGCGCCCGUCCAUGAGCCUUUGAUGCCAGCACCAAUGCCCGCAUUACUCCCCGCCACAAUCCCCGUCGCGCCCGUCCUAGAUGAGACCCCACCGACACGCCCCGAUGCGGGGAUCGAGGUCAAGACCAAAUUCCCCGUCGCGCGUAUCAAGCGCAUCAUGCAAGCAGAUGAAGACGUGGGAAAAGUUGCUCAGGUGACUCCACUCGCAGUGUCCAAGGCAUUGGAGCUCUUUAUGAUUUCUUUGGUUACCAAGGCUGCUCAGGAAGCCAAGGACCGCAACUCGAAACGUGUCACCGCUAGUCACCUUAAGCAAGCCGUCGCAAAGGAUGACGUGCUGGACUUUCUGGCUGAUAUUAUUGCCAAGGUUCCCGACCAACCGGCUGGCCGAAAACACGAAGACGAUGGAAGCGAUCAGAAUGAAGGUCGGAGGAAGCGUGGUGGUCGCCGACCUAAGGAGGAAAGCGACUGA